CCUGGCCGCGCCCGCGCCGCCGGAAGUGAGGUGUCCCCCCAAGUUCCGGCCCGCCGGGGGUGGGGAGUGUUGUUAACCGGAGCCGCCUCCGCAGUCGCGGGGGAUCGAGCGGGGCUCGCGGGCGCUGGGCUCCUCCAGGUCCCCAGGCCGGGGCAAUGUUCCGCACCGCCGUGAUGAUGGCGGCCAGCAUGGCACUGACCGGGGCCGUGGUGGCUCAUGCCUACUACCUCAAGCACCAGUUCUACCCCACCGUGGUCUACCUGACCAAGUCCAGCCCCAGCAUGGCCGUCCUGUACAUCCAGGCCUUCGUGCUGGUCUUCCUCCUGGGCAAGGUGAUGGGAAAGGUGUUCUUUGGGCAACUGCGGGCGGCAGAGAUGGAGCACCUUCUGGAACGUUCCUGGUAUGCUGUCACCGAGACAUGUUUGGCCUUUACUGUUUUUCGGGACGACUUCAGUCCCCGCUUCGUGGCCCUCUUCACCCUCCUCCUCUUCCUCAAGUGUUUCCACUGGCUGGCUGAGGACCGCGUGGACUUUAUGGAACGAAGCCCCAACAUCUCCUGUCUCUUUCACUUCCGCAUCCUGUCCCUUAUGUGCCUGCUGGGUGUCCUGGACUUCUUCUUCGUCAGCCAUGCCUAUCACAGCAUCCUGACCCGGGGGGCCUCUGUACAGCUGGUGUUUGGCUUCGAGUACGCCAUCCUGAUGACCAUGGUCCUCACAAUCUUCAUCAAAUACGUGCUGCACUCGGUGGACCUGCAGAGCGGCAACCCCUGGGACAACAAGGCCGUUUACAUGCUGUACACGGAGUUGUUCACAGGCUUCAUCAAGGUUCUGCUGUACAUGGCCUUCAUGACCAUCAUGAUCAAGGUGCACACCUUCCCGCUCUUCGCCAUCCGGCCCAUGUACCUGGCCAUGAGGCAGUUCAAGAAAGCUGUGACAGAUGCCAUCAUGUCACGCCGGGCCAUUCGCAACAUGAACACACUGUAUCCCGACGCCACCCCAGAGGACCUGCAGGCUAUGGACAAUGUCUGCAUCAUCUGUCGGGAGGAAAUGGUGACGGGGGCCAAGAGGCUGCCCUGCAACCACAUCUUCCACACCAGCUGCCUGCGCUCCUGGUUCCAGCGGCAGCAGACCUGCCCUACCUGCCGCAUGGAUGUUCUGCGGGCCUCGCUGCCCUCGCAGUCGCCACCGCCCCCCGAGCCUGCAGAGCAGGGACCACCCCCUGCUGCUCAUCCCCCGCCCCUCCUGCCCCAGCCCCCCAAUUUUCCCCACGGCCUUCUGCCUCCCUUCCCUCCAGGGAUGUUCCCACUGUGGCCCCCCAUGGCUCCUUUCCCUCCUGUCCCACCUCCCCCCAGCUCGGGAGAGGCCGCAGCCCCUCCGUCCACCGGUGCAGGAACGCUCUCUCGGCCUCCCAGUGCAUCUGCUUCUCCCCCUGGCCCCGAGGCCAGCGCCACCGCUGCGGCCACCGCCGGGUUCCCCUUCCCCCCGCCCUGGAUGAGCAUGCCCCUGCCACCACCUUUCGCCUUCCCACCAAUGCCGGUGCCCCCCGCUGGCUUCGCUGGGCUGACCCCGGAGGAGCUGCGGGCCCUAGAGGGCCACGAGCGACAGCACCUGGAGGCGCGUCUGCAGAGCCUGCGCAACAUCCACACGCUGCUGGACGCCGCCAUGCUGCAGAUCAACCAGUACCUCACUGUGCUCGCCUCCCUGGGGCCCCCCCAGCCUGCCGCCUCCGUCCCCCCGGCUGAGGAACCUGCCCCCACAGCGGUCCCAGCUGCCGCCUCCACCAGCACCCCCAGCACAGAGGUUGCCACCUCACCCCCAGGAGCAUCCCCGUCCCCGUCCACCGCAGAGGCCGAAAAGCCCCCAGCCCCUGAGACAGUGGGCGCCACCGAGGGUGCCACCGCGGGUGCCACCGCAGUCGCCACAGAGGAGCAGCUGGAGGACGGUGAGCCGGAUGCCGCCGAAUUGCGCCGCCGCCGCCUGCAGAAGCUUGAGUCACCGGUCGCCCACUGACAGCCAGUGCCCCCGUCCUGGCCCUGCCCCCCUGUGAAACAGCCCCCGCUGGAGCACGUCCUGCCACCAAGUGCCAGCUCCCUCUCUGUGCCAGGGAGUCACCCCUGCGAGACCCAAAGGCGUGAGGGAAGAGGCCCGAGGCCCUAACAGCCUUGGGGAUCUGGGGUGGGUCUCCCUCCGCCUGCCUCUCCAGCCUUGGGGGGUACCUGAAGGCAGAAAGGUGCAACCUCCAGGAGGGUCCCGUGUUGCCCACCCCUAGGGGCCAGAGCAGUGGUCCCCUCCGGACCCCCUGGUGUGCGCAUCGACACUGUGCAGUGCCGGACAGUAUUAGAGCUGUUCCCAUGUGGGGACCAGGGUGGAGGCCGGCCAGUACCGAGUUCCUGUCCACCCCCAAGACGGGUACGUGACGUCCUUCUGACCCUCACCAUGUCUUAGUGACAGCCACACAUCUCGGGGAUGUGUUCCUGGGGUGGGGGCCCUGCCCUGCUGCUCCCCCCAGCCCGGGCCCUCUCAUCCCCCAGCAGACACUGCCCAGCACCCUCCAGGCUGCGGGCGUGUAUCUGCGCUUCAACCACUGUGGGCGCCGAACCUAGGGAUGCCGCUUUCUCAGCUCCCCGAAUCUUUGGGGGGGCUCAGAAGAAUUGGAAUUACUUUCUUGCUGUAUUUGUCUUUUGGCUUAAAUUUUGUCCUUGACUUUGAAUGCUUGAACCCAGGGGAGAGGUAGAGGGGCUGGGUGGGGCCCCCUGGAGCCGAGGUCCCCUGCCCAUGUUACCAUCUCCUUCACAUGUUCCCACAAGCACCCCAGUUUUGUGUUAUAAGAGUUGCUGGAGACAGUUUCAGAUAAUUAUUUAAUUUGUAAAUACUGUACAAAUUUUACAGCUUGAAUUGUAUAUACGGCGGAAUAAAAACUUGCAUUACA